AUGACUCGCUUAACCAAGGACCUGAAUCCGCUGGUCCAGGCAAUGGACGAGACUCUCGGAAGAAGCCGUUUGAUUGUUGAUCAAGAGCUGAUCGAUAAUGACGAGAACUUGAUCGACACAUUCGGAGCGCCUCCUGAUCUCGUCGAAGUGACACGGGGCUUGGAGGAGACCGUCCGGUCGCAGAAAUUCUACCUUCUAUACGGCGAUUACAUGGGUCGCGUUUGGAGUCGUCGCUGUUGCCGAAUUGCUCGAUCGGGAUGUGAGCUCGGGAUUUCGGUCAGCAGCGAUGUGGCUAAAACGGCAAUUUUGGGAUAUGCGAAACGCGUCCAGAUCUGCCACGAAGCUCCCCAUCGCAGCCCCAACGACAAAGACACUCGCGACACAAUCGUGAGCCAUGUUGGCGGCUUGGAGAGGCUUCUACCGGAUGAUCAGAAGGCGGUUCGUGAUCACUGGAUAUCCAUUGUCAAUCUGUGA